ACGGCUAGACGCAGCUAGACCGGCAAGUGUCUAUGUUGGAGAAGUUCGAAGGGAGAAUUUUUCGAAUUUGAAUCCUGACCAUUUCCUUUGUAUUCCCUUCCGAAUAGCCCCGUUCCUCGAUAUUCUGUGUCUCAGCCCAGGAGCGAGUAUUUUACUCCCAUGUUGUGAUCCUACUCGAGGGAAGGUUCCAGAUGGACUUGUACUCUAUAAGACGGAAGAACAAUGCUGCGACGAAAGGCUCUAUCUUCCCUUUGAUCUCUCAGCUUGCACCGGAUGAAGGUGCUUCGGAUGGCAGCAUAUCCUCGCAGUUCUGCAUUUUCAAGGGUGUCCUCUGGGGCAGCCGGGUGAUAGUCUCAGAUCUCGACCAUAUAAAAGAUAUAUACGCUGGCGGUUUCUUCGGGAAGGGAGACAGUUCCGGCAGCGAACCCAGGUUCGAUGCUCCCAGCUUCCCACGGACCAUGGAAAUGAUUCACUCGAGAGGUCUCGGGGAAAACGCACAUGAUUCCGGAGAGGCCGUGAAGACGGCUCGGGAGAGUUUCCGAGAAGAGGCAGAGCGACUGCUUCUAUCCCCGGAAGAAUCCUAUUUCCUCGCAUUCGGUUUGGGUGUUUUGAGCGUCCGCACGGAAUCCGGUCAGCAUCUUAGCUUGGAUGAACUGUUCACUAGGUUCGAGUCGAACGAUUCCUUAUUCCCGAUUCGAUACGCGGCUUAUCAUCACUUCAGACAAAAAGGCUGGAUAGUCAGAUCGGGAAUGACUAUGGGGGCAGACUAUCUGCUCUACAAAGACGGCCCCCCCUUCACACAUGCUUCCUUCAUAGUUUCGGUCCAGACCGACCAAAACGACCCCGAGCCUUCCACCCCCGCCUUGACGGAACGCGAUAUCGACAGCCUUACCCGAAUUUCCGGGAGUGUCUCCAAGAGCCUCUUACUAUGUUAUGUGCUCCGGCCCCCAGGACUCAAUUUGAAGGAUCCGCAAAGCUUGAAGGCGAUGAAGAUAUGUGAAGUUAUUACCAAUAGAUGGGACUGUAAAUAGUUUAUGACGUUGGGUUUCUGGCUCACACAAUGAACUGUGAUGAGCCAGUGACUGAUUCACUUAUUCCAUUUUAAUUGAUCGAAUUCAAAGCUACGUUCUAAUCCGGUUGAUCUCAAGGUUGGAACUCGGAGAGAAUAGAAUCGGGAUGGCGGUGCCCACCCUCGGAGGAAAUGAAAUCGGAAUGGCCUCGCCCUUCCCUCGUGGCUCUCCCGAAUAUCGAGAUUCGACUGAGUCGACUACUGAUGUCCAGAAUCAUACGCCGAAUAUCUUUCGUCGCGGAAUUUCGAAAAAAACC